AAGGAGCUACCAUUAAAAGUUAUCGAUCAAAAUUACCGAUCGCAUAAGAAUUCCAAUUAAAAUUAAGUACUAUCAAAACUUUAUACAUAUUUUUUUUUACAUUACUACUGAUUUUAAGCUGGUUCAAAUCUGCAUCUGAAAACUAGCUAGAAAGUAGCCAGACUGUUCGCGAUAUCACAGCAACAACAAAGCGAAAACCAAAAAGAUAGACAAACGCAGCGAAAACAAAGCGAAAGAGCAGACGCAAGGACUCGGAAAAGGAAAAUAAUCAUAGUAACUUGGAAGACUACAUUCUCGCGACACAAGGAUGAGCGUUUCCGCCGCAGUUGACCAGUACACUGUGCUAACUGGGGACCGUUCCAAGAUCAAGGAUUUGCUCUGCAGCCGUCUAACGGAGUGCGGCUGGCGGGACGAGGUGCGCCUGAUGUGCCGCAACAUCCUGCUGGAGAAGGGCACCAACAAUAGCUUCACCGUGGAGCAGCUGAUCACCGAGGUAACGCCCAAGGCCCGCACCCUGGUGCCGGAUGCCAUUAAGAAGGAGCUGCUGAUGAAGAUUCGCACCAUUCUCACCGAGAACGAGGAGGAGGCCGAUGAACCGGAGGACGAGUCCUAGCCUCAACCCACAUAUAUAUAUUUUAUGUAACAGCAACAAUCUUUUUAUAUUAAUAAAGUUUACUUGUACGAUUUUAUACAUAAAUCCCGACCAGGGAACGGUGCUUACACAAAGUAGCAGAGACAGACACCAAA